AUGGCACAGUUGACAUCCGAUGAAGACGGGAAGGGAUGGCUGAGUCUGGACCAGAGGACCCGUGUGGAGGCAGGGACCCUCCCCAAACCCAGCACCUGGGCUGAGCCAGGACCUGUGAUCCCCUUAGGGACCCCCGUGACCAUCUGGUGUCAGGGGACCCCAAGGGCUGAGGAGUACGGUCUGUAUAAAGGGGGAAGCACAACAUCCUGGUACCAACAGAAGCCACUGGAUCCCGGGGACAGAGCCAAGUUCUCCAUCAGACACAUGAAAAAGCCUGAUGCCGGGAGAUAUCGCUGUUACUAUCUCAGUCCCAGUGGCCAGUCAGAGCGCAGUGACCCCCUGGAGCUGGUGGUGACAGGAGCCUUCAGCAAACCCAGCCUCUCAGCCCUGCCCAGCCCUGUCGUGACCUCAGGAUGGAGUGUGACCCUCCAGUGUGGCGCAGGGGAGGGAUUUAACAGGUUCAUUCUGACUAAGAAAGGAGAUCACAGGUUCUCCUGGGCCCUGGACUCACAGCCACAGCCCAGUGGGCAGUCCCUGGCCCUGUUCCCUGUGGGCCCCGUGACCCCCACACAGAGGUGGAGGUUCAGAUGCUACGGCUGCUACAGAAACAGACCCAAUGUGUGGUCCCUCCCCAGUGAUGCCCUGGAGCUCCUGGUUCCAGGGAAGUCCCGGAAGCCCUCCCUCCUGAGCCAGCAGGGACCCAUCAUGUUCUCUGGACAGAAACGGACCCUCCAGUGUCGCUCUGAUGUCGUCUAUGACAGAUUCGCUCUGCACAAGGAGGGGGGACGGGACCUCCUCCAGAGCCUUGUCCUGCAGCCCCAGGCUGGGCUCUCUCAGGCCCACUUCCCACUGGGCACUGUGAGCAGCUCCCACGGGGGCCGGUACAGAUGCUACGGUGGAUACAACCUCUCCUCUGAGUGGUCGGCCCCCAGUGACCCCCUGGACAUCCUGGUGGCAGGAUUCUACCGCAAACCCAGCCUCUCAGCACUGCCCAGCCCUGUCGUGACCUCAGGAGGGAACGUGACCCUCCAGUGUGGCUCAAGGGAGGAAUUUGACAGGUUCCUUCUCACUAAGGAAGGAGAUCACAGGCUCUCCUGGACCCUGGACUCAAAGCGACAGCCCAGUGGGUGGUCCCAGGCCCUGUUCCCAGUGGGCCCUGUGACCCCCAGCCACAGGUGGAUGUUCAGAUGCUAUGGCAAUUUUGAGAAGCAUCCCCAGGAGUGGUCUGACCCAAGUGACCCCCUGCAGCUACUGGUCUCAGGACCCUCUGGAGGCCCCAGGCCCCCACCCACAGGGCCCACCUCCAUAGCUGGGGAAUGUUAUGACACAAAGGACCGACAAGCCGAAGAGGACAGACAGAUGGUCAGUCAGGAUGUGUCCUACACCCAGAUGAACCUCUUGGCUCUUAGACAACAGACUGGUGCACCCCCAUCCUCCUCAUCAGAGGAACCCCCAGUUGAGCCCAGUGUGUAUACUGCUCUAGCCAUCCACUAG